CCUUAGAGACGAAAGAACACCUGGAGAUGGCCUCAGAGAUCCACAUGUUGGGGCCCAUGUGUCUCAUUGAGAACACUGGGAAUCAGUUAGUGGUCAACCAGGAGGCUCUGGACAUCCUGUCAGCCAUCACACAGCCUGUGGUGGUGGUGGCGAUCGUGGGCCUCUACCGCACAGGCAAAUCCUACUUGAUGAACAAGCUGGCUGGGAAGAAAACAGGCUUUUCCCUGGGCUCCACAGUGCAGUCUCAUACCAAAGGGAUUUGGAUGUGGUGUGUGCCUCACCCCAGGAAAUCGGGGCAAACCCUAGUUCUGCUUGACACUGAGGGCCUUGAAGAUGUUGAGAAGGGAGACAACCAGAAUGACUGCUGGAUCUUCGCCUUGGCCAUCCUCCUCAGCAGCACCUUCAUCUACAACAGCAUAGGAACCAUCAACCAGCAGGCCAUGGACCAACUGCACUAUGUGACAGAGCUGACUGAUCUUAUCAAGGCAAAGUCAUCACCUGAUCAGGGUGGGGUAGAUGACUCUGCUAACUUUGUGGGCUUCUUUCCUGCUUUUGUGUGGGCUCUGAGGGAUUUCUCCCUAGAUCUGGAAGCUAAUGGAAAACCCAUCACGGCUGAUGAGUAUCUGGAGCUUUCGCUGACCCUGAAAAAAGGAGAUGACAAGAAAAGUAAAAGCUUUAAUGAGCCUCGGCUGUGCAUCAGGAAGUUCUUCCCAAAGAGGAAAUGCUUCAUCUUCGACAGGCCGGCACCCAGGAAGUACCUUUCUAAACUAGAGACGAUGCGGGAGGAGGAACUGAAUGGUGAAUUUAUAGAACAAGUUGCAGAAUUCACCUCAUACAUCUUCAGUUAUUCUAGUGUCAAGACUCUGUCUGGUGGCAUCAUAGUCAAUGGGCCACGUCUUCAGAACCUGGUGCUGACCUAUGUCAAUGCCAUCAGCAGUGGAGAACUGCCCUGCAUGGAGAAUGCUGUCAUUACUUUGGCUCAGAUAGAGAACUCAGCUGCUGUGCAAAAGGCGGUUGCCCACUAUGAAAAGCAGAUGACUCAGAAGGUCCACAUGCCCACGGAGACCCUCCAAGAGCUGCUGGACCUGCACAGGCCCAUUGAGAGUGAGGCCAUUGAGGUCUUCAUGAAGAAUUCUUUCAAGGAUGUGGACCAAAAGUUCCAGAAGGAACUAGGGAACCUACUGGUAGCAAAGCGAGAUGCCUUCAUUAAGAAGAAUGUGGACGUGUCGUCAGCUCGUUGCUCAGAUUUGUUGGAGGAUAUUUUUGGACCUCUGGAAGAAGAAGUGAAGCAGGGGACAUUUUCUACACCGGGUGGCUACUACCUCUUCCUUCAAAAGAAGCAAGAGCUGGAGAGGAAGUACAAUCAGGUUCCUGGGAAGGGCGUCCAGGCAGAAGAGAUGCUGAAAAAGUACUUAGAGUCCAAGGACGAUGUGGCUGAAAGUCUUCUACAGGCAGAUCAGUCACUCACAGAGGCAGCAAAGCAGAUCGAAGUGGAGCGUAUAAAGGUGGAAACCGCAGAAGCUGCAAACAGAGAGUUAGCAGAGAAACAAAAGAACUAUGAGCUGAUGAUGGAACAGAAGGAGAAAAGUUACCAGGAGCACGUGAAACAGCUGACUGAGAAGAUGCAGGAGGAACGGCGACAGAUACUAGCAGAACAAGACAAAAUCAUAUCUAUUAAACUUGAGGAACAGGAACGACUUCUCAAGCAAGGGUUCGAGAACGAGAGCAGGCAACUUCAUCAAGAGAUUGAGCGCAUCAAGAGUAGCGGACCAUCUGGGACGUGCACCAUACUCUGAAGGGCUGAGGCCCAAAGCCCUGCCAGCUCCUGCAUCACGGAGUAUGUGGACUGAGCACGUCAGGCUUUGAAACUAAACUCAACUCAAAGUCACAUGUGACUCCAGCCUGUGGUCACUCUAUGGCUACGUGGCACUGUCACAGGAAGUUCCCCUCUGUGCAGAAUGCAUGCAUGAGUGGAGGUUCUGCCACCUGUUUUAUACGUCCUCCUGACCUGUACCAUGCCCAGACCACAUAUGUUUCUCUUUUAUAUCUUAAGUUUUCCUCUUUUCUACAGUAUAGCUUCUGGAAUCACAGAGGAAACUAGCUAGCAAAAUUAAUUCCUUUUCAUUUCUCCAAGGAUUCUGACUUUUUUACUACAGUCCUUCAAAAUUAAAUCCUAUCUUGAUUUUUACUUUUAGCUUCCUGCUGUAACAUCAUGUCUUGAAAUUUCUUAGGAUAAAUGUCUUGCAAAAGCUUAUAGGAGCACAAGUUAAUAAAAAGUAUUAGCCCAGUGUAAUUGUUUCAGAAUGGGUAUUAUUGUGGUUCAUUAAGGGCAUAACAGAAUCUUCCAAUAAACUAACAAAUUAUUUAAUUUUAAUAUCAUUAAGUAGCAUCCAGACACCCCAAGAUGUUAGGGCACCUACUCUUCUAUCUAUUUCAUUAAGAAUAAUGCCACCAACCAAAGAUACUAUUGAAG